UUUCAGAAUGCAUUAAAAAAUGGAUAAAGCACAAAACUUAUAUAUCAUUUUCCCCCCACAUUUUUCAAAACCCUAUAAACUUUCUUUCCAGUUUAAAUGAAUAAAAAGGCAAACAAGUUCAAUGCUGCAACAUGAUGUGCAGCUCCAUUGCCAUCUGGACUCAAUCAGUCCAUUUUGUAAAGAAGAGAAAGAAAAGGCAGUUGGUUCUCAUGUCCCUUGAGCACUGUCUGUCUGAGGAGAAAGCAGUGCCAGUAUGUCUCAGACGGGUUUUGGGGGGGUCUUUUUUGUGGUCAGGCACUGUAGUUGGUUGUGGUUUAGGAAAAGACUUGGUGACUUCACCACGUUGUUGCUCUUGGUUAAAAUGGACAAGUUUCACUACCAUCUCACUGGAAGAGGAAAUGCAGAUCUUCCACAUAAGCUACAUCAUCUCUUUUAUUUUAUCUAACAAGACUCCCACAAACCCACGAGGAAGAGAUGUUAUCCAUUAAAAAGUAUCUGAGAAGAAGAAACCCUUCAGAUGGUGAAUUGAUAUGAUUGUUUUCUUUGUCUUGAUUUUCUCUGUGAACAUAACUUGAUCUAAACAAUUAUUUGAAAAAUAAAUAGGCCGAAACAGGCACGUUGAGGACUGCUUUCAUUUACGAGGCCCCCUGAGUGUACACAAUCACACUUGUAACCGUGAGAGGAAUUUGACGGAGAUUAGUAAGGAAUUUUAAUGUGAUACACAUGACAUUUUCAAAUGUCAAAUCAAGAGAGGAGGGAAAAUAAGAUUAAGAAUACCAAAAUGGCUGUAAAUUAUUGAAGUAGUGAUAUGAAAACUUUAUGACUUGUCAUUUAUUGUGAUUUCCCAUGUUAUCCAAACCAAAAUUAUAAAACAGUUUCCAAACAUCCAAGGCUCUAUUUAAGGGUCUAUAUAGGCCCUAUAAAUCUAAAUAUUGUCAACAAAGUUGGGUAAAACUGCUCCUUUGAGCAAAUCUUUACAGUAAUUUUCAUGCAAUUAUGAGUGUAUAUCAAUAUAUUGUAACUCUGCAUGGAGAAAUGGGGAAAAAUUGGUACGAGAUGUAAAAGAAUGGUACAAGAAUCAUAUACUUAAAAGUUUUGGUUACACUUUAGUUUGUGUCCUUGUUACAAUAUAAUUAUUAUACAUUUAAGUAAUGAGUAAUAUUAAUUAACUACAUGCACUUACUAUAUGGUUAGGGUUUCUUGCAUGUAAUUAUGCAUAAUUUAUUGUUAUUACAAUAGUAAGUAUGUGUACACGUGUGUAACCAAGAAACCCUAAAAUAACGUGUUACCAAAGUUAUUUCUGCCAAAAGGGCAAUACAAGCAACACAAAUGUAGAGGGGUAAUUAUUUCUUCUAGAAUGACUAUUUACAUUUUAUUUUAGUAAAAGAUUUUCAAAUGUUUUAUUGUACAGUAUGUUUUAAAUGUUAUACAUUGCCAUUAAAACAUAUAAUAUUAUAUAUUAUUAGACGGUGUUGCUGUUGUUAACUAAAAUUAUUAAAAUAGUUCUUGAUAUCUGAAAUACAUUAUUACAAAAAAUAAAUACAUAAAUUAAACCGUAUAUAUAAAUAAAAUGUUGACAACCUCAAUAAGUUUGGAACCUAAAAUUUGAUUAAAUUACCUCUACAGUAAAUAUAAAAAGUAUAAUAAUAAUAAUAAUAAUAAUAAUAAUAAUGAUGAUGACAAAAGCACAUACAUUUUUUACUAAAAAUCUAAACAUAAACUGACAAUUUAAAUAAAAGCUAAUUAAAAAUAUGAAUAAAUACUAGUAAAUAGUAAAUAAUACAAAAUCCCCAGUUCUGAUAGAUGACAGUCCCCUAAUCAAGUAAUGAAUUACAUGAAUGAGCAUUAAAAUGAGGGGACAGUUACUUGGGUGCAGUACAGAGGAUCAUUGUGCUGUGGAAUCUAGAGCACCACGGCUCAAUGACCCUCAUUUGUCUAUCACUCAACCACGUCUUUGAUUAUCCUUGCCAAAUGACCCUCAUGAUGUAUUCAUUUUUUCAUAUUUUGUUUCUCUCUAGGUUGUGGCAUGUGGGUUGACUGAUCUACGAGGGCAUUCGGGCGAUUGCACUGAUCGGCUUUCUGGCAGGGGCAGAGUGUGGAUCACUGGUGGCUUGGGCGGAUCAGCUGAACCAGGUCUGAAUGCCUUUGUUUUCCCAUCGUCCAUUUGUGGUGGUGUGGAAUGCGCCUAGUGAAUCCUGCCGUCUUCGAUUCAAGGUGGAUUUGGACCUUGGUGUCUUCAACAUCGUUGGAAACAACGACGAAACCUUGAGCGGCCCCAACAUGACCAUUUACUACAAUCACCGGGGAUACUAUCCUUACUACACCAGCUCAUGGAUUCCCAUCAGGGGUGGCCUUCCUCAGAACCAAAGCCUGAGCAAGCACCUCAGCAAAGCUUGAGCUGACUUCGACAAGCUCAUACCCUUCAAGGACUUUCAUAGGCUUGGUGUCAUCAACUGGGAAAACUGGUGACCACAGAGGGUUCACAAUUGGGGCUCGAAGGACAUCUACCAGAAGAAAUCCAAAGAGCUUGUAAGGAAACUGCAUCCUGGUUGGCCACAAAGCAAGGUGGGAAAUGAAGCAUAGGAGCUCUUUGAGAGAGCCGGAGAAGUACUCAUGAACUCAAUACUGGAUCUGGCUGAGAGUCGAAAGCCGCAUGGGCUUUGGGGGUUUUAUCUGUUUCCUGACUGUUACAAGUAUGGCUACAAGCAGUUUCUUUUACGUUACACUGGAGAGUUUCCUAAUAUAGAGCAUGUGUGCAAUGAUCACCUGAUGUGGCUUCAGAAGGAGAGUACGCCUCUCUAUCCUCCCAUCUAUCUCGACUAUGAGCUCAAGUCUUCAGCUAAUACUGUUAAAUUUGUGCACUACCAUGUCAAGGAGGCCAUGAGGAUUGCCUCGAUUGCUAGGAAUUACUAUACGCUGCCCGUUUUUGUCUAUUCAGUCCCUUCUAUGUAUUGCAUUUGUUGUCAGAAGUGAUAGGACAACAAAUAUUUAAAUAUAGGGUUACAUUUUAAUAAUUACAUUUUAACUGUGGUAUAGGAGUUGAAGAAUUGGCUCUAAUAAACCAAAACUUGAUUUCUUGUAAUUUCCUUUUUUUACGCCCUUCUAUAAUUUAAAAAGUUAAACUGCU